AUGCACUUCCUUGCGUUUCUUACCGUCGCCCUCAUGACUGUCUUCGCUACAGUGAUGGCCCUACCUCGUGAACCGGACGCUAAGCUCGCCCAGAGCGCGGCCGACGAAUACGAUCAAUCCCGUGGCUUUGUUAACUCCAUUGAGCCAUCUCUUUCUGCCAGCCCCGAAGGUUCCGAAUAUGUCGCAGGUGACAUCGAGUUUGAUGAAGACCAUCCCGCCCGCAAGCUCAUCCCGCGUGGAGGGGAGUGCAGCUAUGGACAUAGGUUUUGUGGAGUGAGUUCCUCGACGAAAUAUCCGGCUGAACGGCUGCACGGCCGUAAGACAGAUGCUCACAUCCAAUCUCCAACAGGAAUGCAAUGGAACAAGUUGCAAAAUGGCGUAUGUCAACUUGCCUUGUAG